GCGGAAAUAUGGAGCGUUUUUAUUGCAAUUUUAAGAAAAAGUGUACGUAAUCUGCAAGCUUGUACGGACGUCGGCCUCAUAGAGCACGUGCUGAAAAGGCUUCGGAGCGCCGAUACUGUCGUGGCUGAUCUUUUAAUAGAAAUGCUGGGAGUGCUCGCUAGUUAUAGCAUUACCGUGAAAGAAUUGAAGCUUUUGUUUGGUGCCAUGAAAGCUGCGAAUGGGAAAUGGCCACGUCACUCCGCAAAACUCCUUAACGUUCUAAGGCAAAUGCCCCAAAGGAAUGGACCUGACGUAUUUUUUAGUUUUCCUGGCAGAAAAGGCUCUGCUGUUGUUUUACCUCCGUUAGCUAAGUGGCCUUAUGAAAACGGUUUCACUUUUACCACAUGGUUUCGAUUAGAUCCGAUUAAUUCAGUUAACAUCGAAAGAGAAAAGCCUUAUUUAUAUUGUUUUAAAACCAGCAAAGGUGUUGGAUAUUCUGCUCAUUUCGUUGGAAAUUGCUUAGUAUUAACAUCAAUGAAAAUUAAAGGGAAGGGCUUCCAGCAUUGUGUAAAAUACGAAUUUCAGCCCAGAAAGUGGUAUAUGAUUGCAAUAGUUUACAUUUAUAAUCGAUGGACAAAAAGUGAAAUCAAAUGUCUUGUGAAUGGUCAAUUAGCGUCAAGCACGGAGAUGGCGUGGCUCGUUUCAACAAAUGACCCGUUUGACAAAUGUUAUAUUGGGGCAACACCUGAGCUAGACGAGGAGCGCGUUUUUUGUGGUCAAAUGUCCGCUAUAUAUUUAUUUAGUGAAGCUCUUACUACACACCAGAUAUGUGCCAUGCAUAGGUUAGGACCCGGUUAUAAAAGUCAAUUUAGGUUUGAUAACGAAUGUCACUUGAACCUUCCUGAUAAUCACAAAAGGGUGAGUGAUUCUGAGCAAUCAAGUAGCAUGUCGCAACCUGACUCCGAACCAUCCGUUUUAUAUGACGGGAAGCUAUCAAGUGCAAUAGUAUUCAUGUAUAAUCCGGUUGCCACAGAUAGCCAGCUUUGCCUGCAGUCUGCGCCAAAGGGAAACAUUUCUUACUUCGUCCACACUCCACAUGCUCUCAUGCUACAAGAUGUGAAAGCUGUGAUAACACAUUCCAUCCAUAGUACGUUAAAUUCUAUUGGAGGUAUUCAGGUUUUGUUUCCGUUAUUUUCUCAAUUGGAUAUGCCUUAUGAAUGUAAUGGAGCGUCAGAUUCUAAACGUGAUCCCACUUUAUGCUCAAAAUUGUUAGGCUUCAUAUGCGAAUUAGUCGAAUCGUCGCAAACAGUGCAGCAACACAUGAUCCAAAAUCGUGGAUUUCUAGUCAUCAGUUUCAUGUUACAAAGAUCAUCGCGAGAGCAUUUGUCGGUAGAAGUUCUCGGCUCAUUUCUCAAUCUUACAAAAUACUUAGUCACUUGCCUCACGGCAAAUAGUGAGCUACUCUUAAAACAGUUGUUUUGCUUCUCGUUCCUCACAUGGCAGCUACUGGAUCAUGUACUCUUCAACCCGGCAUUGUGGAUUUACACUCCGUCGCCCGUUCAAUCCCGAUUGUACUCUUACCUGGCCACCGAAUUUCUGUCUGACACGCAAAUCUACUCCAACGUGCGAAGGGUCUCGACCGUCUUGCAAACUGUACAUACGCUAAAAUACUACUACUGGGUCGUCAAUCCUAGAGCGAAAAGCGGAAUAAUGCCGAAGGGAUUGGAUGGUCCUCGGCCUGCUCAGAAAGAUAUAUUGGCAAUUCGUGCCUAUAUUUUACUCUUUUUAAAACAGCUAAUAAUGGUUGGAAAUGGCGUGAAAGAUGAUGAACUUCAAAGUAUUCUUAAUUUCUUAACAACUAUCCAUGAGGAUGAAAAUUUGCACGACGUCUUACAAAUGCUAAUUUCCUUGAUGUCGGAACACCCCUCCUCCAUGGUUCCCGCGUUCGAUUGCAAACACGGAGUAAGAUCGAUAUUUAAACUUCUAGCAUCCGAAAGUCAAUUAAUUCGCCUGCAAGCGCUAAAGCUUCUUGGAUUUUUUCUUAGCCGAAGCACCCACAAACGAAAGUUCGACGUAAUGAGCCCGUUUAAUUUGUACACGCUUUUAGCCGAACGUUUGUUACUUAACGAGGAUAUUUUAUCUUUACCCACUUAUAAUGUUUUAUAUGAAAUUAUGACAGAGCACAUUAGCCAGCAAAUUUUAUACACACGACACCCCGAACCGGAAUCGCACUUUAGGCUUGAAAAUCCAAUGAUACUCAAAGUGGUCGCUACACUUGUACGACAAUCGAAACAAACUGAGCAACUAUUGGAGGUAAAGAAGCUGUUUCUGUCAGACAUGACGUUGCUCUGUAAUAACAAUCGGGAGAAUCGUCGUACCGUGCUGCAAAUGUCAGUCUGGCAAGAGUGGUUGAUAGCGAUGGCUUACAUUCAUCCGAAGAACACCGAAGAACAGAAAAUAUCGGAUAUGGUUUACUCACUGUUUAGAAUGCUGCUACACCACGCAAUCAAGUACGAGUAUGGUGGAUGGAGAGUAUGGGUCGAUACUUUAGCUAUUGUGCAUUCCAAGGUUUCUUACGAAGAAUUUAAACUGCAAUUUGCUCAAAUGUACGAACACUAUGAACGUCAGCGUACCGAUAAUAUCACAGAUCCGGCAGUACGUCAACAGCGUCCGAUCAGUACUAUUUCCGGUUGGGAUCAACAAACGCAAGCCGCGGUGCAAAACGGUUACCACUCGCCCGAGGAGCAGUGGCAUCGUACACCGGCAACCGUUCGAGAAAUCGACAACGAGAAAUCGGAACCAGUAUGUAACUGUGAGCUUAACUCGCCGGUUUCAGAGGGCAGUCCUGCGUCCUUCAUUACCAAAAGGGACGACAGCGAGGGUGUCUCGUUAGAUUCGCGAACCAGCGACUUGUACAGCGACGUUAAAAUCGGGAAGGAGUCGCCGUUCUCUCAGGAUUCCCCAUUAAAAUCCCAAAUCGUCGAAGAUGUGACCGAGCUAGGCGAGGUAAUCGAAGAUUCGCCCAUUUGUAACGGAAUCCACAGUGGAAGUAGUCCCAGUCUCGAUAGUCCCUACAAAGAUGUUCUCGAUAAUAAUUUAACUGAGAGCCUAAAGACUGAAUUCAUCGAAAAUAUUGUAGAGGAAAUUAUAAGCAAGUCAGAGAAGUUAUUACUGGAAAGCAGUACUGUGGAAAUUGUUGAUAACAAGUGCGAGGAGGAAGCUGCCGAUGUAAAUAUUAAAAGUGAAAGUGACAUUGACAAUGAAAUAAUUGAAGUGGUAGCUAAUGAAGAAAAAAGCGAAGUCGUGUCGCCGAUUGAAGGUAGUCCCCAGAAAACUGUGGAAGGUUUGGACAGUUCGACUAGUCCGGAACGAGAAAUUUUAGACAGCGAUGUUUCGGAUCGUUACCUCACACCAACGGAGUUGAGCGAAGCUACCGAAAGGAAAGAUGAGGCGCAAGUUGUUGUGGAAGAAGUUUUAGUGCGGGAGCAUUUGGAAAAUGAAACCGAAACCGUAACGGACAGCGUCGUGGAAACUGGAGACGAACUUCCCCGCGAUACCGCGUUAAGCUCUACAGAUGGGGGUGAUGAACAGUCUAAAGAAAGUGAUAGUACGGUGGAAGCAACAGACGAUAGUAAAAACUCGGAGGCGUUAUUUCAAACUGUGCCAAUUGAAGAUAAAACAAGUGCUGUGCAAGUAGAUUUAGAACCGUCCAAUGUUGUAUCUAGUGUAGAUAAUUCGAACAUUCCUAAGGCAACUGAUGACGUUGUCAUUGUAGAAAACAUUCCGACAAUUUCGCAAAUCUGUGAUCCAACUAAUUUUGUACCAAGUGAAUCUGUCGAAAAUAGUUCUGUACUUAAUAACAAUAAUAAUAAUAACAGUGAGUCAAUAACGGAUGUCGCAUCCAGUAGAGGGCCGGAAGAUGUUAAACGUCGAGUUAGUUUACCUUCUAAUACGUUAGAAAGACAGGAAAAAUCGGAAGAUUCUGUUGCUAAUCAAUCAUCACCUCAAAAACGACCCCGAAGUGCUUCUACAUCUACUCAGGUUGAUUUAAAUCAUUUUACGGAAAAUAAAGGUCCCAAGACGGCGCCGCCAUCUGCACGUCCCAUGUUUAGUCCCGGACCGACGAGACCCCCAUUCCGUAUUCCAGAAUUUAAGUGGUCUUACAUACACCAAAGACUGUUAUCUGAUGUUUUAUUCUCAUUAGAAACGGACAUUCAGGUGUGGCGGAGCCAUUCGACGAAAUCCGUCCUGGAUUUCGUUAACAGUAGCGAGAACGCCAUUUUCGUUGUAAACACGGUUCAUCUAAUCUCGCAGUUGGCAGAUAAUCUUAUAAUAGCGUGCGGUGGCCUUUUACCUUUGCUUGCGUCUGCGACCUCGCCAAAUAGCGAAUUGGAUGUAAUCGAACCAACGCAAGGUAUGCCAAUUGAGAUUGCGGUAUCCUUUCUUCAACGUUUAGUUAACAUGGCCGACGUUCUCAUUUUUGCCAGUUCACUAAAUUUUGGAGAGCUAGAAGCCGAGAAGAACAUGUCCAGCGGAGGAAUACUCAGACAGUGUUUAAGACUGGUAUGCACUUGUGCAGUCCGCAACUGUUUGGAGUGUAAAGAAAGAAGCCGACCGCACUCUACACUUGCACCACCACCUCUAAACACUAGUCAUAAGGCAGCACACUUGCAAUCUUUCAUCCGUGGAGGCCAAGGUUCCCCAAAGAAUAUCGCCGAAAAUCUAUCGAGCCAAUCGAGUCCAGUUAAAGAUCCGGAGAAAUUGUUGCAAGAUAUGGACGUCAAUAGGCUACGCGCAGUGAUUUAUAGAGACGUGGAGGAGACGAAGCAAGCUCAGUUCCUUUCACUAGCUAUUGUGUAUUUUAUUUCGGUGCUAAUGGUGUCAAAGUAUCGAGAUAUUCUCGAGCCGCCUGUAUCGAUACGCGCGCCCAGUCCACCGCCGACUAUACGAAGUAACGGAACUUCGCAUCAUUCUGGCAGCCCUCAAGAGGGCAGUGCGAGACCUCUAUUUCCGCAGUGGUCACAUCACGUUUACCCCCAAUUUCUACCCGGCUCCCAUCCCAAUGCUGUGACGCAUCACAAUUACGUACGUCACAGGCACUCCUAUGUCAAGCACCAUUACAAUCACAACAAUAAUCACCACUCCCACCACUACAACCACAAAGUUGACCACCGGUACCAUAGAAACUCCAUUGCCAGUCAUACAGCAUCGCGUGCUAUUAACAAUCAGCCGGCAGCUCACGAUGACGGCGACUAUGAAGUAAUCACCGCUUAUGUUAUGGAAGACAAUAAUUCUGUCGUACAAGAUCACGAGCUCAAUUCAGGCCCACCCUCAAUUAAGGUUAGCGCUAGACAGCGGCCAACAAUUGGACGUGGGUAUUCUGUAGAUUAUUCUGUGGAUGGGAUGAAGCAUGCUCGAACUCGUGAUGGUGUUCGUAAUAAUAAUAAAAAGAGUGUUGACUCAAUAGAAGAUGUUCGUUCCGUUAAUUCUUCAGAGACUAAUAAUUUAGAGGUAAAUAGCGCAGUAAUUGACAAUAAGCAAUUGAACAAUGAAGAUAACUGGACCGACAUCAAUCUGAACGAAGACACCGAUACGAUAACUGCGAAAGAGGAUUCGAGAAACCUUCAGAAUAUAUCCCAUUCGCAUGUCGAUACCGAAGGAAACUUGACUUCGGAAAGAGGCGAAAAGUUACAUCCCGACAUUGCGGUUGUUCGUGUCCCGGACAGCUUGAUACAAACCCCUACGCAAGUACAUGCAGACGACUUGCCGAUAAACAACUUGGUCGAACAUAUAUCUGUGCCUACGCCCUCGCGCGAAGCGUCUCUCACUCAGAAGCUAGAGAUGGCGUUGGGGUCCGUGUGUCCUUUACUGAGAGAGAUCAUGGUCGACUUUGCUCCCUUCCUAUCGAAAACCUUGGUUGGUUCGCACGGUCAGGAGUUACUUAUGGAGGGAAAGGGUUUGACGACAUUCAAGAACAGCAACUCGGUCGUGGAACUGGUGAUGCUGUUGUGUUCGCAAGAGUGGCAAAAUUCGUUACAGAAGCAUGCGGGCUUGGCAUUCAUCGAGCUUAUUAAUGAGGGAAGACUGUUGUCGCACGCUAUGAAGGAUCACAUUGUGAGAGUUGCGAACGAAGCCGAGUUUAUCUUGAAUAGAAUGAGGGCUGAUGAUGUACUUAAGCAUGCCGAUUUUGAGUCACAAUGCGCUCAGACGCUUAUGGAUAGGAAGGAGGAGGAGCGAAUGUGCGAUCAUUUAAUAACAGCGGCAAGGAGAAGAGAUACGGUUAUUGCCAGUCGACUGUUGGAAAAAAUUCGGAAUAUUAUGUCUAACAAACACGGAGCAUGGGGUUAUAUGGAUCCUAUAGGCGCUAAACUGAACGAAUUUUGGAAGCUUGACGCGUGGGAAGAUGACGCGCGGAGAAGAAAACGAUUCGUUCACAAUCCACUGGGCUCCACUCAUCCUGAAGCUACUCUAAAAGCUGCCAUUGAGCAUGGAGCACCUGAAGAUGCAAUUUUGCAGGCCCGUGAAGAGUUUCACGCACAGUUGGCGGUGUCAAGAGCUCAACAACAAAUGCAGACUAGUGACCUGAUGGAUGACAGUGAACUUUUAACUGAUGAUCGUGAUUUGGAUAAUGAUCUUACUGGUCCUGUAAAUAUUAGCACUAAGGCGAAGUUAAUCGCACCUGGAAUUGUGGCACUCGGUAUGGUUUCUGUGACAUCGACCGAACUGUAUUUCGAAGUGGAGGAAGAAGACGAGGAAUUUAAGAAAAUGGAUACAGAGGUAAGUUCUGACAUUAAACAAUUUAUAUUGAUGGGAGUGGUAGACAAAAACGUUAUCUAA